AUGUCAAGCGCCGAGGAAUCAGAUGAUGCUAACCUGGUGGUUAUCCCCAUGGAUGACUGCCUAAGUGAUGGCCGCCGCAGCACCUGGCCAGAACCAGGUGGUAGCUACGAUUACCGCCAGCUAGAUGACUCCAGGUGGAAAGCUGCACUAGCUACGAUGUGGGUUGAGAAGAAUGGAGCUCAAGAAGAGGGUAAGCUUCAGCCUGUUGUUGUAAUGAUUUCCACCCCAAACUUAAUUAUGGACGAGCGCGAGCGCAACUUUCCCGGAGACCCGUACCUAUGGUCCACGGGACGUACCAAGGCUGAGAUGGAAGCUGCCAGGGCCAUGGAGACCAGGGCCAUGGAGACCAGGGCCAUGGAGGAUGGAGAAUCACGGACAACUACAUCGACACCCACACCCACUUCGACAGCGACAGCAACACCAUCACCUGCAGUAGUUUUGCCGGACAGAGAGACAACUCCGGAAGUGAAACUCCCUGAAGAUGUGGACGGCCCUGAUUACUGGAAGAUGCACAUCACGACUCUGAAGCAAAACAAAGCACUGGACAAAGAAAUACAUCACCCGCUGAAUCUGGAUUGGGUCUUGACUCAUGAAUGGUUGGAAAAUUUUUUCGUUCGACUGAGACUCCAACCAUCUUUUCUUCCACGUCGCGGCGAGUUGGUUCUUUGGACACACGAGCUCAAUCAUCCACUGGAAUGGAACAAGGAAGCAAACCGUUUCAUGGUCCGAAAGGGCAAUGUCUGGACUGUCCCCGAGUGGCGCGCUGGCGUUGUCACCCAAGUGCCCGAGGAAGCCACAGGCUUUUUGGAUAUAGUCCAAAAGACCGAGAAAACUAGUGAUUCAGUAAGCUACUGGGGAUUCCGCAUCGAAAGUCUUCCAGAUCCCAUCGGCGACGACAAAUCUCUCUCAUUGCAUUACAAGUACGUGCCUCUGAGCUGCAUCAAGCCGUUUAGCUCUUUCGAGCGAUUCCUGUUCGGCAUCCCGCGUGAAAAUCUACAUCCAUCCAUUGAAAACGCCAUGACAGUCAUGGCCUCAUGGAGUCUGCUUUCCCACUCCCGCUUUACAGGAACCUGGCCAAACGCACGUAUCUACAGCCGAGGUAUCUUCAUCGGCCCCGACCUCCUCGCCAUCCAAGACGCUGUGCGUCUCAAACCCUUCGGUCUACAAAAGGAAGAUAUCGAAGAAGGCAAUACAACCAAACACACGGACUAUGACCCUGUUGAUGUGAUGGUUAUUGAGAAAAUCUGGCUCGAACUUGACGCGUGCAAUGACGAUCCUAAAAACCCCCAACUCGCGAAUCAGUGUAUCCCCGUGGUUGCAGGUAAGGUUUACACACGCGACCCAAAUCGACUGGACCGCCAUAUGCCCUUUGACAAGGACCCACUUCAGAAAAUGCUAUUUGACGAAGUUUCAAGUGCGUUCCGCCAGAUCGGUAUGAGCAAUUAUGGUGACUGGUACCGUGUUUCUGGUGGACGUACAUGUGUGGUCUCACCACCCAUGAUCCUCGGUCGAUGCUAUGAGCCCGAAGCCACAAUGCUGCAUUUUGGAGCUGAUCGACUUGACUAUGAUCUCCACGGUGUUCUGAAUGGACGUUCUUAUUCUAGUCAAGUAGAUACGCGGAUUCCGAAGGGUCUGGAUUGGUUCUGGGGAGAUUGCCGAGUCGAGACUCUUGGUCUGAUCACGAUCAAUGGCUUCGAGGUCGGCCACAAAGCAGUACAACGUGAGAAUCCGACUAGAUGGCAAGCCAUCCUGCGGAUUCUUAGUGGCCCAUAUUCAGAUGUGGAUAUCAGAAAGGCAGAGUUGCCACGGAAUGUUGGACGACCAGCCCGCAAAGAAUUUUCUGGGGUUGAGAAGACGAGUUUGCUUGUUAGUACUGGAUUGGGCCUGAUUUCCCAAACUGAAUCCAGUGAUGAGGACGAUGGAUCCGAAUCCGAAACGGAUGAUACGACCGGAAAUGAAUCUGAGAUGGAUCUCUCUGAGAGUGAGCUCCUUGCACCUAUUCCGUUCCGUGGUGGGACAGAGGAGACUGAAGGCGGGGAUUACGAUCCCGGCAAUGAUUAUGAUGAGUGA